UCUAGGAAAACAUGGCGCUUGAUUUUUGAUGAGAUUCGAUAGUGUGUUGCAAGGACACCUGCUAUUUUGGUAUAAUUUGCGACUGGAUGGAAAAGUCCUUUGGCGAGACGGACCUAAAGUAUAUAAGCUUUUGCAAACACUUUAUUUGUGGGAUGCUUAAGAUAUUCAAAGGAGUGAAAUGUCAGAAAGUGAACGAACAGAAACAAGUCAUGCUAUAGCAGUGACGUUAAGCAGUAAUCAAGGUUGUUCUGACGGUUCUGGUCCUCCAACUGUCACAGUUUCUGUCGGUAAUGAUAAGAGUUCUACAAAACCAGAAAGGGGAGACCACUCCGGUCCUGCUCCCCCUGGUGGCUGGCAUUUAGAGGGAUUUGAGGACAAAAAUCCUUUUAGUGGGUUUUCUGAGGAGCACAUGAGCAAAUUGGACGAAUUUUUGUCGUCGGAAGAAGCAAGAAAGAUUCUUCAGCAGACUAACGAAGGUGAUUUCACCGAGACCAUGGCUCAAGUUGCGGGAUUGGACAGUAGUCAGGAUUCUGUCAACACCAGUGAUGACCUCCUUGCACUGGACAUGUUUGAUAAGUCAGAUGAGAAAAUUUCAGCAUUCUCUGACCAUGCUUAUGCACUGCCCUCCUACCAGAUGCCCAAGCAGCCAGUUAUAGUGUUACAGACAGCUGCGUCGUCUUCAGGCGCCCAGUCGUCAUCCCCACGCAAGAGCGCACGCAUUGCCAUUCGUAAAGGACGGAAUGCAGACGAUGAUGUUGAGGAGGUGAAGGAUUCUGAGCAAACACAUGAGGAUGUUGUCGUAGAAGAUAAGCCGGAUGAGGAAGAGGACAAGGAGGAUGAAGGGGAUGAAGGGGAUCAAGAAGAAACCCCUAGUAGAGGCCGAGGACGUCCAAAGGGACGAAAGGUGGAACAGUCCCCUCUUAAUAUUAGGCGAUCGACAAGGAUUGGCGAUCACGAGCAGCGCGAAAUGGCGGAGAAAAUUAUACAAGAGAAUAGACAAAGGGAGAAGGAGGCAAUGGAAGCUUUGCAGAGUGGAAAGACUGUUGAGAAACCGGACGACAAAAAAACACCUAUCAGAAAAGGUGGAAGAGGCCGUAAAGCUGCAGUCAAGGCAGAGGAGGAGGAAGAAGAGGAGGAGGAGGAGGAAAUUGAAGAGGAGGAGGAGAAGGAAGUGGAGGAGAAGGAAGUAAAGAAAGGCAAAGGGAAAAAAGGAACUAAUAAAAAGACAAAGAAGAACAAUGAAGAAGAAAAUGAUGAGGGUGAGGAGGAAGAAGAAAAUGAUGAUGAAGAAGAAAAAAAGAAAAUUACCAAAAAGACUGGGAAACAAGGUGUGAAGGGCAAAGGAAAAAAGGGGAAAGCCGAAGAUGAUGAUCAGAGCGAGGAAGAGGAGGAAGUGAGUGAAGAGGAAGUUAAAACGCCACGAGGUGGAAGGAAGAAGGUAGCAGUGAAAGGGAAAAAAGGAGCGAAGAAGCAAGUCAAGCAGGAUAAAGAAAGUGAUAGCGAGGAGGAGAGUUCUCCGAAACAGCGAGGGAAGAAAAAUAUAGGAAAGAAAGAGGGAAAAGAAGAGGAAAGUAGUAACGAUGAGCAGGAAGAAGAGGAAACUGCUAAAGGAAAGAAGAAAGGUGUUCAGAAAGGGAAAAAGAAAGUUGGUAAGAAGGGACAGAAGAAACAGGAAAGUGAAGAAGAAGAGGAAGAGGGUGACACACCUAAAGGGAAAAAGAAAGUUGGUAAGAAGGGACAGAAGAAACAGGAAAGUGAAGAAGAAAAGGAAGAGGAUGACACACCUAAAGGGAAAAAGAAAGUUGGUAGGAAGGGAAAGAAGAAACAGGAAAGUGAAGAAGAGGAAGAGGAUGACACACCUAAAGGGAAAAAGAAAGUUGGUAGGAAGGGACAGAAGAAACAGGAAAGUGAAGAAGAAGAGGAAGAGGAUGACACACCUAAAGGGAAAAAGAAGCUUGUAAGAAAAGGAAAGAAAGCCAAAGAAUGUGAAGAGGAGGUAGAAACAACACCAAAAGGAAAGAAAAAAGUUGGAAAAACUGAAAAGAAAAAAGAGGAGAGUGAUGAAGAAGAGGAAGAAGAUACACCUGUCAGAGUAAAGCAGAAGAGAGGGAGGAAACCUAAGGCUAAAGCGGAUGAUAGCAUCCAGGAAGAAAAAGUUACGCCCAAGAAAGGAGGAAAGAUGGUUGUCCAGAAAGGGAAGAAAGUGGCGGCUGGCAAAAAAGGAAAGAAAAGUGCAGAGGAGAGCCAUGAAGAAGAAGAUUCGGAGGAAGAAGUUGAAACACCGAAGGUGGACAAAAGGAGAGGAAAGAAACUAAAGGACAAUGAGGAUGAAACGGAAACAGUUACAAAAGGGAAGAAAAAGGGAGCCUCAAAAGCAGAGGAAGAAGUAUUGGAAGAGGAGGAGGAUACGGAAACAAAGAAAGGAAAAGGAGUAAAGAAGUCAACACCAACUACAGCCAAAACUGGGAAGAAAAAAGAGGCAGAAAUAAAAGAAUCUCCUACUGCAGAACGAAGAAAAAGUGGACGAGGAGCAGCUGCACAGACGCCUACCACAGUCAAGGAAAGGAAAGGAAAGAUGGAGAGUCCAGGUGACAACGAGGACAUCAGUUCUCCAAAACAGAGGAAGGGCGUGGGUAAGAGGAAGGAGGAUAUGAAGGACACUCCCACUGGAGGGAAGAGAAGGAGGACUGUUUCGGAGAAAGAGGACGUCUCUACUAAAGGGAAAGGGCAAAAGGAUUCCCAAAGAAAGAGACAAGAUUCUAUAGAUUCCAAGAUGAGUGAGGAGUCGGCUAUUCAGAAAGUCGCUCCUAAACCUGUGAAAAAGAAACCACGGAAACCUGAGGAGGUUGUCAUCGAUCCAACUGUCAUGGACUUGUUUAAACCUGAUGGAGUCAUUCAUGAAAAACAUGACCAAUCCGACAGUGUAGAGGUCAAGGGUCACACGAGACACCCUUCGCAGUCCGAGAAAUCCAAGGAUGAGGAAUGUGUGAAACAAGAAGGUAUAGUAUCAGAAAGUCAAAACUUGACCGCAACAGAUUCUGAUGUCAAGAUGGAAACUGAUCAGUCAAGUCAGGUUGAGGAGCCUGUUAAACUUCAAGACAGUGGGGAAGCAGGACCAAGUGUUUUAAGUGAAGGAACGUCGGGUGUCGGUGAAAACACCGACACUGCUGAGGUUGAAACUGGUGAUCUGACAGUCAAGGAGACUGCAAACAUUAAAAAGGUCACAGAGCAGGAUAAAGAGAGUGAAAGUGGUAUUAUUGAGGACGCCUGCAAACCUCAGACCAAACAGACAGUCUGUGACAGUGUUCAGAUUGAAACCUCAGAUAGCGGGGGUUCUGUUUGUAAACAGGAAGUGACUGCUAUUGAUGCAGAAAGUGAGACAACUAAACAUUCUCUUUCUGAACAGAAGGCCUCCGUAGGAGUUGCCAUACCUGUUGUGUCCUCAACACCCAGUGCUGUGAGCAAUUCUAAUACAGGAAGUGUUGAUCUUCCACAAACUGAAGAUAAGGAUGUUGGGCUUGAUGAUAAAGAUUCGCUAGUCAAAGUUCAGGAGACAACAGAUUCUCAAGUUCAAAGUUUAGAAGUUAAAAGUGUUGAAAAAACGCAGGAGGUGAAACAAUCGGACGCUCCAGAAAUAAGUGAAAAGGACAAGGCUUCUGUAGGGGAUCCGGAAAUCGAGGAAUCACAUAAAGCUGUAGAUGGUCAAAAUGACCAACCGACAAACAGUGGCGUAGAGGUUAGACAAAAACGAGAAAGGAAGCCUAAACAAUAUUCCUUUCCUUAUGAAAUCCCAGAGAGUAGUCCUAGAAAGGACAAGACACCGAAAGAUAAAGUAAAGAAGAAAAAGAAGAAGAAAAAAGCUGAAACAGGCACAGCUGGAAAGUCAUCUCAGGCUAAUCUGGACAGUGAAGAUAACAACGACCUGAGUUACGAGGAUGAUGAGAACGACUCUGACUACGAACCUCCCGACCAGCUGUACUGCAUCUGUAACCAGCCCCAUGGCAACAGGUUCAUGAUCUGUUGUGACAAGUGCGAGGACUGGUUCCACGGGAGCUGUGUAAACAUGACCAAGGCUCGCAACAAGGAAAUGGAGCAAAACAAGGAGCAGUACAUCUGUCCUGUUUGUACCGGUGAAUACAAAGGUCCAAAGUUAAAACAUAUGUUACCAGGAAAGAAACCUUCAGAGCCUAAAAAAGUUAUUCCAUCUACAAGCAAAUCAAAAGAGGAGGGAGUUAAAAAGGAAAAUACACUUCCCAGAAUACCGAAAAAAGCAAAAACAGCUGAGAGUUCCUCAGUCAAGGGAGAGAAGUCAGUUCUAUCAAAGGAGUCUCACCACAGUGGUGAACACAGGCAUCGCUCUUCAUCCAAAGACGGAAAAAAAGUUGGGGAUAAAUCUCAUUCCGAGAGGAAGUCUACGGAUGACAGAUCUCACGGGCGACAUCAUGACAGGCAUCACAGCUCAGAUCACAGAAGACACUCGUCAGAUGGAAAACCCGGCGACAGGCGUUCUUCAACAUCUGGUCACCAUGACGACAGAAAACACAAGCAUGGCCAUCACUCAGGACAUAAAUCUUCAGACUCUCAAAAACGUGACUCGAGUCAUUUGCAUCACUCGGGGCAAAAGUCUUCAGACUCGCAUAAACUUGACUUGAGUCGAAAGAGCUCUGUAGGUGAUAGUGUUAAAAGUCCACUUGUAAAAUCCCCGGGUGUGAAGUCUCCAGAUGUCCGUUCUCCAGACAGACUUGGUCCCCAUGGUGACGUACGCAGGAGGCUGUCCUCUGGAGGGGUAGGAGACAAAAAUCUGAAAAACAUCAAGGAGAAGAGAACACUGCAGAAAUGUGUUGGGCCAGGCUGUAAAAAGGAUGCAGUGUACGGGACAGUGUACUGUUGUACAGACUGUAUCAUCAAACACACCGACGAAUCACUCAAAAUCAUACACAAGGACCAGGAGGAGCAGGGCAUCAAGUUGAAAGACAAGUCAGAGAGGAAGGUGUAUGUCCUAGAGAAAAAGACCGGACGAUUAUUGACUGGUCAAAAUGCUCCGACCGAGGCCAAUCUCAAGAUAUGGCUGGAGAGUCAUCGGUCAUUUGAAAUCCUCUGUCCCACAAAGAAACCCACUUCAUUCUAUGGAAACAAGGAGAAGGAGAAGCAAAAGGAGCGUGAGAGGCAUGUCCCAGAGAAAGAGAAACUGAAGUCAGAGGAGAGCAAGGAGGUGAAAAAGGCAGAUGAUGGUCCCGAUCCUGUCAGACUUAAUGUCAGGAAAUCUCUCAGAGAUGCCCUCACACACAGGGCUGGCAAGGCGGACGACAUGAUGCUGUCCAACAGCGAGAUAAAGUCACUAGCGUUGAGUGUCGAGGGGGAACUCUACAAGUGUUUCAAGGAUACCAACACCAAGUAUAAGGCCAAAUACCGCAGCCUAAUCUUCAACCUGAAGGACUCCAAAAAUCAGGGUUUAUUUAGGAAAGUGUUGUCGGGAACCAUUAAGCCGCACCGACUUGUGCGAAUGACUGCCGAAGAACUGGCCUCGAGGGAGCUGGCCAUGUGGCGCGAGUACGAAACUAAACAUAACCUGGAGAUGAUCGAGAUGACAGAGAAAGAACACAUGAAGGAACAACACACGAUCGUGAAAAAAACUCACAAAGGGGAGGUUACUCUGGAAGAGGAAGAUCUAAGUACUCUGGAUUCUAAGCCAGAGAUAAGCAAACAGAAGCCUGAAACGACCACCGAGGAUGCCCCCAAGGCGGACAUCUUGUCCGACCUGAUUGUCAACGACACGACUUCCCAGCACAAACAACACUUGUUUGACCUCAACUGUCAGAUCUGUACCGGCAAGAUAGCGCCCCCAGCCGAGCAGGAACCGGUGACCAAAAAAGUGAAGGUUGGCCGCAGACCCACUGCAGAGGAAUCGGAGGAAGGAGAAGAGAAAUCUGAGGCAGCAUCGUCCAAGAAAACUGUGGAGGAACAGAAGAAGGCUGAGCAGGUGGUGGUAGAGGUGUUGAAGGCUAUACAGAAGGCGAAGAUCCAGACCGACAAAACUCCACCCAUAGUAGAUUCUACGGUCACUGUGGGGUCACCAGACUCGGCUCUCCAGUCGGGAUUAGAGAAAAAGCCAAAGUUUACACCGUCUGGACCUCAGUUGUGGAAAGGGUUCAUCUUCAUGCAGGACGUCGCCAAGUUUGUCACAACGGCGUACCGGGUCUCUGGACCACAUGUCAGACUGGAUUUGCCAGAUACCAUUCAUGUGUGUGGGAGAAUAGCACCAGAACAGGUCUGGGAUUAUCUUGCCAAGAUGAAAAAGAUUGGCACAAGGGACAUCUGUAUAUUGCGGUUCAUCCCUGGGAAAGAAGAGGAGAAGACUUCCUACAUCAACCUCUACUCCUACCUUAACAGUAGAUCACGAUGUGGGGUGGUGGGAAAUUGUGCCAAGUACAUCAAGGAUUUCUACCUUCUCCCCCUGGCAUCACAUAGCAAAAUACCGUCAAUAUUGAAGCCCUUUGAUGGACCAGGUUUAGAAGACAAUCGACCUCACAUGUUGCUGGCAGUAAUUGUAAAACAGAAGAUUAAACGACACGGCAGCGACUCGUCCAAACAGCCGUACGAUCCAUCAGACCCAAAGAAAUCCAGGUCGUCGCAUGAUAAAGAAUCGCGGCGACACAGUCUGCAGUCGUCCAGCUCGGAGUCAUUUACAUCUCCUCAUUCUUACUCUCCUAGUACUAAAUUGAAGGGGAGGAAAGCGUCCCCUAGGUUGACGCCUACAAGUUCCCAGCGUGGUAAGGGCACGCCCCUUUCUGCUACACCCUCUACAACGCCCUCCUCUAGCAUCACCCCUGGUAGUGCUAGCGCCACCCCAGGCACCAGCGACAGCAAGGACCCAAUCGUCAAGUUCUAUGGCUCUGGGGAACUCCUGCCUAUGGAGAAAACUCCUGAGGAUGAAACUCCUUACUCACCUGGAGGUGGCGAUGAUGGAGAUAAUGAUGACCCAUACGACCCUGAAAAUGUCAGCUUCGACAAUGCAGAGGAAAGUAAACCAGCCACCCCCGCCUCUAAAUCCAGCAACAGUGUUGCUCAUAUGAUCGAAAAGAUUGCCCAUAGUGACAACCCUGCAGAAAUGACAGCCAUCAUGGUUGCAACACUUGCCACGGCAACGUCACUUCGCGACAAACAAAUGUUGUUGCUGGAACUUACACAAAAGGUGAAGGAACAAAAGGAUCUGCUGGAGGCCAAACGAAAGCGAAAAGAAGCAGUCGCUGCGGCUCCAAGUGCCACACCCGCCAUGGCAUUGUCAACUCUGACCUCCGCCAUCAGCGCCAUAACAACCGUAUCCAGGCAACUAUCAUCAGAUGGACACAAAAAGUCCACAACGGCAGCUCCACCAUCAGCUUCUAAAGCGCAGGCGACUAGCAGCAAGCCUACUGUUGAUGCACAGAAGACAAGUUCUAUUCCUCAAGUUAAUGUCAGUACAAUCAACUCCACUGAAGGCAGCAAAGAGCUCACAUCAACUACUGUGACACAACAGGCAGGGGAAAUUGGCGACAAAACAGAAAAAAAAUCUUCAACAGAGCCAGAAGAAGGUGACAAGGAACCAAAGCCGGUGCCAGAAGCCCUGCAGUCACUGUUUUCCAGUAUUCCAGGCAAUUAUAGCCAUGUAACAAACCUGAAGCAGGAUGAAACCAAUCAGCAAGUGAACACAUCGCCAACUAAAGAAGCCACCAAGGGUAGCAGUGCAGCUGUUGUGAAACCAGCAACAGAAGGAAACUCGGCUCCAAAAGAGCAGGACCCUGCCCCAAGCAUCAUCACCACUCGUGUCAAAGGUGGAGGGGAGAAGAAAAAGAGAGUCGGAUUUGAUGUGUCUCUUCUCAAGUUUGAUUACGGAGAUUCGGACAGCGACGGAGAGGAGAGCGGAAGUAAGGUGGAACCCAAAACAAAUCCAGUCUACGAAGAUACUUCACAGCCUGACUUCAUCCCAGGACUCGAUUUAGAUGAAGACUCCUUGCCUGCUAAGGACAUUCUUCCGCUUCCCCGUCAUUCCAUCCUGAUGCCAAUGCCCCCGUCUGAACCCCCUGAAGCACCACCAGAUAUGCCUCCAGACAUGCCACCACCCCUUCCGCUAGAGCCCCCACCCCCACCACCAGACCAUGAUCCAGAUGAUGAGAAGGAGGAAAAUGAAGACAAGAAAGGCAAAGGAAAAGGAGGCAACCAGAAACCCAAGCCUCCACCGGAGAUUAUGCUACAGGCCACAGACCCUGUUGGUAUGGUUAUUCUCCAGGCUUCCUUUAAGAAAAUACAACAGGCACUGACAGUUCCCGCCCCACCUCUGCCUCCUCUCCCAGGUAUAGGAAUGCCCUCCCAAGGACCACCACUUAUCCACGCCCAGAUGCCACCCAUGACAAUGGCUGGUCCAUUUUCUGCUACAGAAAUGCGUUUGCCCCCACCUGGACCUGGCAUGCCUCCACACAGACCCAACAUGCCACCACCUGGACCUGGUAUGCCCCGGUCUAGAUCCGGCAUGCCACUACCAGGACCAGGUAUGCAUCCACCUGGACCUGGCAUGCCUCCCCCAGGACCUGGUAUGCACCCUCCUAGACCUAACACAGGAAGGCAUGCAAACAUAGGGGGGCCACCAAGGCAUCAAGACCGACGACCAAACAGAGGUGGUCCUCGCUUACAUGGGGGACCAAGAGGAUCAUCACGAAGGCCACAGAGGGGUCACAGGUCAAAACAUGGGAUCCCUAGUCUGUUUGAUCUGGAUGCAGCUCCCACGCAUGACUACAGUCGCAGGGCUGGGCCUUGGAGAGAUGGAGAGGACUCUUACGAAGACUCUCCAGAAUGGUCACUGGAUCAGGACCUGCGUCAGGCGCAGGAUCAGGAUAUGAGAAGAAUGCAGGAUCAAGAUGAACGUGUUCGGCCAACAUCCUGGACGGAGUACGACAUGUCAAGUCCACCAAUGAUGGAAGACGUGGACCACAGAUGGCCAGACCAACAUAAACGCCAACCCAGGGUGCCUCUUGCCCUGCAAGAACAAUCUCACUUGCCUCCUCUGCCUACGUCAUCAGACAUUCUCGAGGAUAGUGAUAUGAGGAAGUUUGUACAUCCUCACAAUGUGGAGGAUAGGGACUACAGGGUGAAGAGUGAUAUGUCCUCCUCACCGGCCACAACUGAGGACCAGGACAUGAGGCUUCAGCCUCCAAACUUAAAAUACUCCAAGGGACAAUCAGACUCGGCCCCACGGGACACAGACUUAAAUGAACCAAAACAAAAGAAAGCCAGAUUAAAAGAGGACAGUACUGAUUCCCCCAGUCAGAGUUCCUCACAAUCACCUGUUGCCCCCAUGUCCCCAAUUGUGCCCUCUCAGCCCCUAACAUCCUCCUCCCAAAGUCCUAGUCAUGCACCGCCAUCUAGUGACAGACUUAAGGGACCAAAGACUUUGUCAACAUUUGGCUCCAAGCCUAUGCUUGACCAACAGAGACCAGGGAUGCCCAUUAGGCCACCAAUGGAGAUGGGCUCUCCCCUAGGGCCCAGUCCUAUGGGGGGUCCACACCCACCCAAAGAGAUGGGCAGACCAAGGCAUCCGCCACCUCGUCCUCAACGGAAUCAACCAGCACCACCUGGUGUUGAUGACUGGGACUAAGUCAUGUCAUAGUUCUUUUCUUUUUUUAACCAUUCAGUAUGUCUCUUGUCUCGUGUCACAAAUAUCGUUGUAUCUAGUCAAUCCUAUUGAUAUUACAUCAACAUGUCGAUCGGUACUUACAAAUGUUAAAGCGCUUAUCCUGCUUCUCAGUGUUCAAAAAUGUGGCCAGAAAACUUUGUUCAUGCUUCUUUUGAUGAAUUCAACAUGAAACUUCAACUUAUCACAAAUGUCAUGCCCAGAUUUUUUUGUGUAUUAUAUGGAUUGGGACAUUGUUUCAUGCUAGAACAACAAGGCACCUGUUAACCUGGUGCUUCAAGAAAGACAACACCUGUAAUUUUGAUUGGAUGACUAGCUGCAGGUGUUUGUUGAAGUGAUGGUGCUUUGUCCUUACCAUCUUCGGCCCCAUGUGAAAAUCAAAUUUCAAUAAGCAGACGUGUGAUUUUCACCUGGGACUGA